AUGGGAACAGACAUCGAACGUUUGCAAUGUAUGGUAGAUAUGGGAGUGGAGAUCGAACGAUUGCAAUGCAUGGCAGAUAUGGGAGCGGAGAUUGAACGAUUGCAAUGUAUGGCAGAUAUGGGAGCGGAGAUUGAACGAUUGCAAUGUAUUGCAGAUAUGGGAGCAGAGAUUGAACGAUUGCAAUAUAUGUCAGAUAUGGGAGUGGAGAUCGAACGAUUGCAAUGUAUGGCAGAUAUGGGAGCAGAGAUUGAACGAUUGCAAUGUAUUUCAGGUAUGGGAGCGGAGAUUGAACGUUUGCAAUGUAUGGCAGAUAUGGGAGCGGAGAUCGAACGUUUGCAACGUAUUGCAGAUAUGGGAGCGGAGAUCAAAUGA